AUUCAUCUCAAACUAUACUUUUGAUCAUUUUCAUAUUCUCAUAAAACCUAGCAAACGUUUUCUUGAUAACUAUGGCGGAAGAAACCAAGAACGUAGUUCAUGAGCAUGAGGUGCCUAAGGUAACAACCGAGGAAUCAUCAGCCGAGGUCACGGAUCGUGGACUGUUUGAUUUCUUGGGAAAGAAGAAGGAGGAAACCAAACCAGAGGAGACCAUCGACUCUGAGUUUGAACAUAAGGUUCAUAUCUCAGAGCCUGUGGUGCCUGAGGUUAAACACGAGGAAGAAGAGAAGAAGCCUAGUCUUCUUGAGAAGCUUCACCGAAACGACAGCUCUUCUAGCUCCUCAAGCGAGGAAGAAGGUGAAGAUGGUGAGAAGAGGAAGAAGAAGAAGGACAAGAAGAAGACUGCUACUACCACCGUUGAAGGAGAGGUGAAAACAGAUGAGGAGAAGAAAGGGUUUAUGGAUAAGCUGAAGGAGAAGCUUCCAGGACACGGGAAGAAGCCUGAAGAAGCCUCACCGGCCGCUCCCGUCGCACCGGUUGUUGCUCCUCCGGUGGAGGAAGCGCAUCCGGCGGAGAAGAAAGGGAUCUUGGAGAAGAUCAAGGAGAAGCUUCCAGGGUACCAUCCUAAGACGGUAGAUGAGGUGAAGAAGGAAAAGGAGACUGAUUAA